UGCAUGCAAAACUCUUAUUUUAUCAACACGUACCACGUCAUGACGAUUCUCCAAUUACCACUGUUCGCGCGAGUGUCCCAUAUUCUAAAUCAGUGCAUCAAAGAAUGUACUGUCAAUGUACUGCCAAAAGAUCAUUUGAGAAAAUUUAUUAAACAUCGAUAUUACACGACCGCGGUUAAUUUAAAAGUAGAUACACAGAAUGUAGUGAGUAGCAGAUUUCCUGACGUAAGUGGUUUCGAGAAUAUUUACUUACACAAUUUUAUCUGGGAAAAAGUCGGAAGAUGGUCAAAUCAUACUGCUCUGGUAUGCGCAAAUACUGGUAGAUCAUAUACAUACAGUCAAUUGAGAAAAGCAUGCAGCAAACUAGCAAUGAGUUUAAGGAAAAAUAAGCUUCUACCGGGAGACACUAUCGCUAUUAUUUUACCAAAUAUCCCAGAAUUUGCCAUCAUCGCAUUAGCAGCAAAUGAAGCUGGUUUACGCACAACUUUGAUUAACCCUGUAUACACAGUAUAUGAGAUAAAGAGGCAAUUGGAUAACGCGGAUGCUCAAGCUAUCUUCACAUUUUCGGCUAAAUAUGCUGAUGUCAGAGCAAGUAUUGAAAAAAAUUCAACGAUAAAAUUACCAAUCGUCAUCGUAAACGAUGGAACUGGCGCUGGUUCAAUUUCAGGAACAAUCCAAUUAAAUGACCUUAUACGCGAUAACAUCGAAGAUUUUUCAAAUAGUCAAAAAACCGGAAUAAGUUGCGAAGAUGCGGUAUUCUUGCCUUAUUCCAGUGGCACAACUGGUUUGCCUAAAGGCGUUGAGAUGACCCACAGGAAUAUUGUUGCAAAUAUUCUUCAAAGCGAGAAUCCGAUAUUCUUUCCUGGAAUAGAAGCGAGUAAACAUUAUCAGGAUAUUGUUCCACUAAUAUUACCAGUAUAUCACAUGUACGGGUUAAUACUUUCCAUGUAUUGUUACUUACGAAUAGGUGCUAAACUAGUGUGUCUGCCGCAAUUCUCCGUGGAAGGUUUUACAAAACUGCUUGAAAAUCAUCGGUGCACAAUAAUGCAUGCUGUACCACCGAUCGUACAAAUGAUGGCAUACAACGAGCGAAUAACGUCUCGUCACGUUGAAUCUCUAAGAUUUAUAAUGUCAGCAGCUGCACCGCUCGGGGAAAAAUCCAUCGAGAAAUUUCAAAGUCGUUUCAAUAAUGUCGCGACCUUUAUCCAAGCAUACGGUGCGUCGGAGCUGUCCCCGCUUGCUACAGUCGGUACUGCAAAUAUAUCGCCGGCAUCAUGCGGCUAUUUGAUUCCAAAUACACAGAUGAGGAUUGUAAGCACGCGAGAUGAUACUCUCGGCAGAAAUUUAGGUCUGCGCGAAGUAGGAGAAAUAUAUAUACGAGGCCCGCAAGUAAUGAAAGGAUAUUAUAAAAAUCCCAAAGUCACAGCAGAUUCUAUAGAUGGAGACUGGUACAAGACUGGUGAUUUAGGGUAUUACGAUGAAGAUGGCCUCUUAUACGUGAAAGGACGAUUGAAGGAAAUGAUAAAAGUAAAAGGAUAUCAAGUCGCACCUACCGAACUUGAAGAAGUAAUUCGUAAUUAUGAUAACAUACAAGACGUCGCCGUCGUUGGUGUGGCACACGAUAAUUAUGGAGAAAUUCCAAAAGCUUUUAUAGUUCCUAAGUCGGGAGUAAAAAUUAACGAGAACGAACUAAAAAAAUUUGUCGCUGAACGCGUAGCCAAGUACAAACAAUUGGGAUAUAUACAAGUUAUAGGAAGUAUUCCGAAAAAUAUAUCUGGAAAAAUUCUUCGAAGAGAACUUCAAAAUCUCUAACAUUAUUCUUUAAGUAUUGAGU